AUGAAAUUUCCAAUCGAGACUCCAAGGAAACAGGUGAACUGGGAUCCUCAAGUGGCUGUUCCCUCACCAGUGCCAGCUUGUGAACCUGAACCCAAAAGUAACGGGCAUUACCCAGCUCCACGACUCUCAGUUUCCUCCCGAGCCACUGUUGUUGCUACCAUGGAAGCCCCUUCUCAAGGCCUGCAGACAGUCAUGAAGUGGAAAACAGUGGUGGCCAUCUUUGUUGUGGUGGUAGUUUACCUGGUGACGGGAGGACUCGUCUUCCGUGCCCUGGAGCAGCCCUUCGAAAGCAGGCAGAAGAACACAAUCGCACUAGAGAAGGCUGACUUUCUUCGUGAGCACGUUUGUGUAACCCAGCUAGAGCUGGAGACGCUGAUUCAGCAUGCUAUUGAUGCUGAUAAUGCAGGAGUCAGUCCCAUAGGAAAUUCCUCUAACAACAGCAGUCAUUGGGACCUCGGAAGUGCCUUUUUCUUUGCUGGAACAGUCAUCACAACAAUAGGAUAUGGGAACAUUGCCCCAAGCACUGUUGGAGGCAAGGUUUUCUGCAUCUUGUAUGCCAUUUUUGGGAUUCCACUGUUUGGCUUCUUGCUGGCUGGGAUUGGAGACCAACUUGGAACCAUCUUUGGGAAGGGUAUUGCAAGGGUGGAAAAAGUUUUCAGAAAAAAGCAAGUGAGUCAAACAAAGAUCCGGGUGAUCUCUACCAUCCUCUUCAUCCUGGCAGGCUGCAUUGUCUUUGUGACCAUUCCUGCAGUUAUCUUCAAACACAUCGAGGGAUGGACAGCCUUGGAGUCCAUCUACUUUGUGGUUGUCACUCUGACUACCGUUGGCUUCGGUGACUUUGUAGCAGGAGGAAAUGCUGACAUCCAUUACCGGGAGUGGUAUAAACCCUUAGUGUGGUUCUGGAUCCUUGUUGGCCUUGCCUAUUUUGCUGCUGUCCUGAGUAUGAUUGGAGACUGGUUGAGAGUCCUGUCCAAGAAGACAAAAGAAGAGGUUGGAGAAAUCAAAGCCCACGCAGCUGAGUGGAAAGCAAAUGUGACAGCUGAGUUCAGAGAGACACGGAGGCGGCUCAGCGUGGAGAUCCAUGACAAACUUCAGCGGGCAGCCACCAUCCGGAGCAUGGAGCGCAGGCGCCUGGGCCUGGACCAGCGAGCCCACUCCUUAGAUAUGCUCUCUCCAGAGAAGCGCUCUGUCUUUACAGCCUUGGAAACAGGACGCUUCAAAGCCUCAUCUCAGGAAAGCAUCAACAACAGGCCUAACAACCUGCGCCUUAAAGGGUCAGAUCAGCUCAACAAGCAUGGGCAGGGAGCAUCUGAGGACAACAUCAUUAACAAGUUUGGAUCGUCUGCUAAGAUGACCAAAAGGAAAAACAAAGACCUCAAAAAGACCAUCCCUGAGGAUGUGCGUAAAAUUUAUGAGACCUUUCGAAACUACUCCUUGGAUGAAGAAAAAAAGGAAGAGGAGACAGAGAAGAUGUGUAAUUCUGAGAUCUCUUCUAGCACUGCAGUCCUGACCAACUGUAUCCAGCAGCACUCAGACCUGGAGAAUGGAGUGAUCCCCAAUGAAACCAAAGAAAGGGAACAUGAAAACAAAGCGUUACUUGAAGACAGAAAUUAAAUGUAAAAGAUGCUUGACUUGAAUUACAAUGUUAGUGUUUUUAUAUACAUAUAUAUUGAGACACGUGCCUUAUACAGACUCCUUAUUCAGUCUGAAUUAUAUAGCAUCGAAGAAUAUUUCACUGUGCCAUAAAGACUCAAGCUUGCUCUGCCAAAACAAUUCAGGAACACAGCACUGCAGAAUGGCAACAGAAAGCUACGCACAUGGAAAUUUCAGCCUGUGUAAGAUUACCAGGGCAAGACUCAAAGGAGGAGACUGAACCAUGGCAAUAUCAAUAGAGUGCUUCUACCAUGGCAUAAUAUUAGACAAACGGCAGCUAUAUAAGAAGAGUGUUUGAAAGGGAUGAUAAAGAGUCUGUCUUCAUAAUGGAGUAUGCAUCCAUAAAGCCUUCCCCUGGUGAUUACAAAGAGGAGAAAUGAUUGGAGUGAACUAGAAACUUUCAGUAAGGCUUAGUUUA